AUGUGGGUAGAGACUUCCAAAAGUUGGGCUGAUCGCUGGCACGAAUUCUUCACAGAGCUCGAGGCUAGCUAUGGUCUGGACCAUGAAAAUUCGGCACAUAUCUGGUUGGUCCAUCACCUGUUUCUUGCCGAUAUAGACGAGGCUGCCUGCCAGUGGGCGGAUGAAUGGAAUCAUCACAAGAUUCCAUUGCAGGGUAAGCGAUCUGAGAUGCCUAACAAUAUGUGGUUGAAAAGUCAGCUCAUGGAUGGCUUUUGCAGCCUCGAGCACAUCACGCCGACAGACCCCCUGGUUGUGGAUCCACUUGCAGCUGUCCCUAACAUGGGUGUUAACCAGGAGAUCCUUACCCUACUACAACAGCGUCAUCAGGCUCUUACCCCCAAUGUGCUAGCUCACCUUCAGGAUGGCCAUGGGGACACACCACUACCUGUCAUUCUACCCACCCAAUCUUUGGCGUAUGUGCCUUGCGAGGCCCCUGCCUGCCCCCUCAGCCCUGCAGAGGUUGAUGUUCUAAACCAAACUAUGGCUAUCAGUCCAGGAAUGGCAAGCAAUACCUGGGAGGCCCGUCGAGUGUGCUGGAUUCAUGGCUUAGAGACUCUGAAUGCCAUAUUGGCCCACCGGCGGGGAUGAGGUUGAUUCUCAGUGUUGUGAUGUGACAGACACACUGGUGUGACAUGUAACACCUCUAUGGAGGGUGAUGUUUAUGUAAUCUAGUCAGCUGAUUCGAGAACUGCCAUGUUAGAAUAUCAUUCCUAUUGUGACGUGAC